AUGUUCACCAGGUGGUUAACUUUCACUGCCUUUCUGUGCGCCGCUGAUGGCCGCGGCUCUGUGAGCGUUGCACCAACCUGCAGGGUCAAAGGUCAACCAGAGGCAGAGCUGACUCUGAACUGUGGAGACGGAAAGAAAGCAGGUGUGGUUCAGUACUGGCACACCCCUUUUGGAAACCUUCAGACCCCUGGUUUCCACAGUAACAUGGACCCCGUCUUCAUGCUUCAUGAUGGAAGCCUGAAGGUCCCCAACCCCAGCCUCCUGCACCGCGGCCUGUACUACUGCCUCCUGCAGCAAACAGAGGUAACUGUACUGUGGCCCUACGAGCUGAUUGUGGGUCAGCUUAGUGAUGAAGAGGAGCAGGUACACAGCGGAGGUGAGGAGCGUGAUGAGUUCAGGUUCAGGAGGGACGUCGGGUCCUUGGAAGAGAUGCAGGCAGGCGUUUCAGACGCUCACUUUGCAGGAGCUGUGGCGGCUUCAGUUCUGCUGACGUUCGUGGUUGGCUUCAGCGCUGGAGCUCUGAGCAUGACCCCUGUCCUCAGGUGUUUAGGGAACCUCUCCAUGAGGUUUCAAUCACAACGACAACGCACAACUGGCUCUGAGGUCACCAUGGCAACACUAUCGCCCAUGUACGAAAACCAAGCGUGGGACAGCGACGCCGACUCUGCUCAUUGUUCAACCAUGGAGACUACCAUUACCCCCCCCCACCAAACCUCAGAGAAGCUUCUGGGAAAAUUGACAGGAGCAAGAAACUGAGCUGGAAGGAUGUGACAACAUGAGGGAAGAGGAGGAGGAAGAGGAGGAGGAAGGAAAAGGUUUGAAGGGAAAUAAUGAAGAGUGUGAUGGGGAGGCCAAGGAAGAGCAGUUUAAUCAUUUCUAUCGAAGCGAGGAUGGAGAGAGACAAACCCAAACAGAUGAAGACACGGAUAGUAAAGAUGGAGAGGAGAAAGAAAGUAGAGAAGGAGGGGAGGAAAAUACAGAAGUGAGAAAGGAGGAGGAAGAGGUG